ACUAACCCUAGGCAUGGCUAUCUAGGCUGCCCGUCACUCCUAUUGUCCUCCCAAACUCUUUCAGACAUUUUGAGCCAGGAGUGUUAAAGCUCUGAGUUAGGAGAGUAUGACAUCAAUGGUCCACAAAGGCUGCCAGCCCAGCGAGGAGGCAAAGCCCGAGGACUGCGCGGGAUCACCAUCCUUAAAAAUUAAGCUUGGCUUUUGAGGAAGAUGUGACAGCCACCAGAGGUCUUCCUGCCACUCCUCCAGGACUUCCACCGUGAGGAAAGGACCCCCAGGACCAACAUCCUCUAAGAUGUUCAUAUGGACCAGCGGCCGGACCUCUUCCUCUUACAGGCACAAUGAGAAAAGAAACAUCUACCAAAAAAUCAGGGACCACGACCUCCUAGACAAGAGGAAAACGGUGACGGCGCUGAAGGCUGGGGAGGACCGGGCCAUUCUCCUGGGACUGGCCAUGAUGGCCUGCUCCAUCAUGAUGUACUUCCUGCUGGGGAUCACGCUACUGCGUUCCUACAUGCAGAGUGUGUGGACGGAAGAGGCUCAGUGCACCUUGCUGAACGUGUCCAUCACAGAGACGUUCAACUGCUCCUUCAGCUGUGGUCCAGACUGCUGGAAGCUGUCUCAGUACCCCUGCCUCCAGGUCUACGUGAACCUGACUUCUUCCGGAGACAGGCUCCUGCUCUACCACACCGAGGAGACCAUGAAAACCAACCCAAAGUGCUCCUACAUACCCAAAUGUGGAAAAAACUUUGAAGAAUCUAUGUCCCUGGUGAACGUCGUCAUGGAAAACUUCAGGAAAUACCAACACUUUUCCUGCUACUCUGACCCGGAAGGCAACCAAAAGAACGUCAUCCUAACCAAACUCUACAGCUCCAGCGUGCUGUUCCAUUCUCUCUUCUGGCCAACUUGUAUGAUGGCUGGGGGAGUGGUCAUCAUUGCCAUGGUGAAACUAACUCAGUACCUCUCUCUGCUCUGUGAGAGGAUCCAACGGAUCAAUAGAUAAAGAAAAAUCAUGGAUAAGAUCAUUUUCUUUAAAGCUCAAAUACUGUUUUCUUUCAUUCUUCACCAAAGAACCUUAAGUUUGUAACGUGCAGUCUGUUGUGUUCCCUAAUACAUUAUUCUACAUAGAGCAAUAACACAGAAGCUGUCCUGUAUGCAGUCAUGAUGCCAUCAUUCAGGAGAAGUCACUGUUCUUGGUUGCUUGGUCUCAUUUCCUUGUUUUGAUGCUGGAAUUAGUCUGUCCACUGUUCUUUCCAACAGAACGGGGCUCAGCUACCUAAGUGUCAUAAAUGAGUAUAGGCACCGUCCACGUGACAAAGGUCUGUGUUCUGAGUUUUCAGGCCUCUUGAAGACAAGGUUUUUCUUCAUUUGUUGUUUACUAAAGCUACAGCCAAAAACAUGUUUUCCUUUUCUCCCUCUACACUGAGCCCUGCAGCAAGCGAAGGGUUGUGUUUCCUAAUUAAAGGGUGUUGGACGUUCUCCUUGUAUCUUUACCAUAUCACUGUAAUGAAGAGAGGACACCUAGCCAACUACAUUUCUGUCAUUACUUUUUAUUCACAGCUUUAUAUUUUUUAACUGAUUUCCAAAAAAGAAAUCUGUUUGCAUUAGCCGAUUCUAUAAUCUCUUCCUUAUGAUCUGAUAGAAAAUGAACAGAGCUCUCUUCCAUUUAUGACCCUGCUACUGUGUUGGGGAAUGAAGCUGGUAAGGAGCUCAUUCCUAUGAACUGACUGGGGGGUUGCUAGAUGCACCAUCGCUGUGCAGGAAGGCCUGUGCUACAAAGACAUUUAUGUGAAAAUGUUUAUUCCAUUUCAACUGAACCGUUAGAUGCUAACAUUAAGAUACUACUUGCUGAUAAAGACUAGUGAACUGGUUUGAAUGAGUAAAUCUGCUGUGGCAAACGAACACAUUGGAAUAUUGCUCUUGGAGAAUUUAUGUUAAAGUGAUGACUGUGUAGUCUCUCCUUCUGACAAAUAUUGCCUGGUAGGAUUUUAAAGCUAUAUAUGCAGAAUAUUUGUCUCCUCUACAUAUUUUAUUUUUCUAUUUACAAUUCCUUUUUGGUUGUUAUAUUUUAUAUGCAGAAUAGACUUUUUUCCUAACACACGUUUGAACUGAAUAACAGAUUUAAAGGAAGCCUUUCUUCACAUUACUAUUUAUUUAUUAUAUUUGGGUCGGGGGGAAUGGGGGAUUGGUUUUCAAUAAAAACAUUCCAUCUUUUAUUUAGUAUCACCAUCAAAGGAGAGAACAACCAUCUUUCUCAUCUCUAAGUACCUUUUUGUAAUGUAGUAUUGUUUUUUAGGUAAUUGCGAAAUUUUACAGAUCACUGUGGAAUGAAUGGUACAGCUAAUCUGAUGAAGUGGAAAUUAUUCUGUGAUACUGUAAUUCAUAGUUUGACUUUUCAUAAGCAAAUAAAUCCCUAGGGUAUAAUCAGGACUUCA